AUGGCUUCCAAUGCGGCGGUGCCUUUUUGGAGAUCUGUAGGGAUGACAUACAUAAUAUAUUCAAACUUGUGCGCAAAUCUUGUUAGGAACGGUCUUAAGGAGCCCUAUAAGACCGAAGUCCUAAUUCAUGAGAAAAUUCACUUCACCAUUUUCAAAUGGGCUGAUGGAAAACUUCAAAAGACAACCACACGAUCGGACACUCCAUAUGAAUGAUGCAUGAAGAUGUAGUUGAGUUUUUAGCCUUCGAGAAUUUAUU